AGUUUUAUUUAGAUGAAGUUACUAUUGCCAUGGCUACUGUUGCUUGUGUUGGGAAAGUGUGAGAGCCAGUGUAUUAACGACCAGUAUGGUAACCUGACCUGGCCAGCUACACAGUCAGGUCACUCCGUCAGUUUGCAGUGUGACUCUAGUGGUGACCAGGACUCAAGUGUCAGGAGAAACUGUGAAGGGAGGGACUGGGUUACUGAGCAUGAUCCUUGCGAGGAGGAGCUGAGAGGGGCACACAGCAAACUCAACCACUCCUUGCAGAGCGAGCCAAGGAAGCUUAUGAGACGUUUGGAUUCAACACCAACAAGCUGCUAUCUGAACUCAGAACAACUCACAGCUCUACACAGCGUGCUGCUUCAGGUCGUAGAUUCGCUGGAAACACCAUCCCAUCUUGAGGUUUACAGUCAUCACUUUAACUCUAUUCUGUGCUCGGGCUACAAACAGUUUCGAGAGAGCUUCCAAACGGGAAAUGAACUACUCGGACUCUGGAACAGGACAGUAUUAGCUCUGUACAAGAUAGACCCCCCAAUAGACCAACGACACUUGAUCCUCUUCAACAACAACUUCACUGUUUAUCUGAUAAAGAUUGGAAAUCAAUCUGCGACUUCUUUCAACUUGAAACAUAUGAACGUGACAAUAGGAACUGGAAACCCUAAAAAGUCAGAAACAAUAAGAAUGGUGUUCAUGACCAACAAAAGGCUGUUCGGAGGAGAAAACUCCAAAGAACCAGUCAUAUCCGUGACGUUUCAUAGUGAUCAGGGGGGAUCGGGUGCUGAUGUGAGACUGUAUGUGGAUCCAGAGGAGUACCCAGGAAGUCAGAAGUGCCUGAUAUGGUCGGAAGAAGAGAACGAUUGGAAAACACACUCAAUAACAAUGCGGCCAAAACCAGACAAGUUACUGUGCCACUAUAAGGAGACAGGCGUCUACUCAUACGCUAAAUUAGGUGUUUGUAAGGACGACAAGUUGUCAGGUCUCACUUGGAAAAACACAAUUGAGACACAGUACCAGUCUCAAUACUGUCUCUCCUCAUCCCUGGACCCCUUUAUACGGAGACGUUGUGGUAGAGCAGGUGUGUGGGAGCCUCUUAAAACAAAUACCACUUGUCUUGAUACGGACAGUGCGGGGAUUGGGGAGUAUCUGGAUAUUAUCUAUCUACAGCUCGAGGGAAACAAAGUUAUUAGUAGUCAGAUUCUGGACAGUUUGAGCUUUUUAGAAGAUGCAUCAGCGGGCAACCUAACAUUAAGCGACAUGAGAAAACUCGUCGAACUGCUUCAUUAUAUUUCAGAUAAAAUAUCAGUCGAAAAGGAUAUCACGACUUGGUUAAGCUGUCUUGACAAAUUGGUAAUGUCUCCAAUCUACGAGAGCAUGAGUUCUGAUAGAACCCAGAAUUUCCACAACGGGAAUGAGAGUUCAAUUCUUCUGACUGCUCUGGAAACUGUUGUAACCAGACUAGUCCUUUCAAAGCAGCAGUUCCAGUUUUACAGUCAGGCAUUUGAAGUGGCAGUUUUUAGGGCAGUCAAGUUUAAAUUCCGACCUGACAAAAUCCACCUUAAUGGGACAGACAUCAAGUUCUUUGACGCGUUCGAUUUCAUUGGCUCACCCAUUCGUACAAUCGAGAUUAUCAAAUACACACGCGAAAAGUUGCAAAUAAGGGGGAUGACUAACGGGAAUAACGUUCUUCACGACCGAGUUCCAGGUCAGGAUCUGUACCCAGAAAUAGUAUCAGUAAAGAUCAAAGAACAGAAAGUAGAAGAUAUUGAGGGAGCAGUGCAGCUUGUUUUUACUAUUAAUAAACACCGCAAAAAGCAUUCAGGGGUAAUGUGCGUGUACUGGAAUGAAAAGAAUGGGAGUUGGUCACGAGCUGGACUGACCACCACGAUAGAUCACAACAAAGUUAUUUGUAACAGCUCACAUCUCACUAGUUUCUCUAUACUCCUGAGCACAGCAGGAGCAGACGACAUAGCCUUGGAGAACAUAACUAUAGGAUCUCUUAUCGCGUCAGCUCUCUUUCUUCUUAUCUCUCUCUUUGCGCUGCUUUCUAACAGGAAGAUACGUCAGCUGAUAUCACAGAGAAUUCACAUUUGGUUGUGUGGUAAUCUCCUGCUCCUAAACUUGACAUUCCUCGGAGGACACGACAAGACGGAAGAUAGGACUAUUUGCACUGUUAUCGCUGUUCUCAUACUCUUCUUCGCUCUUUCCAGUGUAGCCAACAAAAUGAGAGGUGAAACCAACCUACACUUCAGCAUGUUCUGGAUGACAGUGGAAGGGUACGCGCUGUACGAGGCAACAGUCAGUGUUUACAAUAGCAAGAUUACGGGCAACUUCUUGAGGUUGACUGCGGUGCUGAACCCUCUACUAGCUGCGACUAUCAUUACUGCCACUCUCCUGUUAGACGAGAACUUCUACGAUACUACUGUAAUAUGCUGGUUGACGAAACGUGGUACACUUAUAUUCUACAUUCCUGUUGUGAUCGGUACUGUGUUGUUCAAUCUUCUCGUUCUGGUUCAGGUUCUUCAUUCGAUCAACACCAGACCGAGUAACAACUACAGUGUCACACCCACCUCACAAAACAGUGACCAGAAGAGAGACAACAAGAUGCAUCCACUGUCAGCACUUCUCAAACGGGCCAAAGCAGUUUGUUCAUUGUCGGUUCUUUUUGGGCUAUCCUGGGGAUUUGGAAUACUCGGCUUCUUCACAGAUUCUGUGAUACUUAGCUAUUUGUUUGCUCUCACAACAACGUUACAAGGGUUUUUCUUUUUCAUUUUCUUUAUUCUUAUGAAAAAUGAUUUGAGGCAGAUUUUGUGGAAACGAAUAAGUACUUUUAGAGGGGGCCGUGUUAAAACUCAGACCAGAAAUAGAACAGUAUUGAGACAUUAAUGCUAUAAAUAAAUAACUUGGCAUAAUCAGAUGUUCAGGAACUGUGCGAAAUUUUCAGAUGACAAUGACAUGAAUCGAUAAAUGGCAACUGGCCAGAUGAUAUUUUGAAUUAACUCUUCUGGUUUCAAUGCGUGCCCAAUAACUAGGAUCGAAUUCGAAUGUACACAAUUACUUUAUUCAGGUGCACUAAACAUCCUUUACUUCCAUACAUGUAAGGCAUUUACAGGAUGAUUUCAGAAUAAUAACUUACCUAAUUGCUUUUUAUUUUAUUUAAAUUCUAAUUACGCUAAUGAAUUGUAAUAAAUCAAAGUUUCUAUGGUAACCAAGCUGAUCGCAGUGCUCCACUACCAACCAGAAUGUUUUCGCGCGCUACGCAAAGUAGUCAAUGUGCUUCGUCUGACGUAUGGAUCAUGCGAUUUAGAUCAUAGCAUUGUUAUAUUUUGUCAACCGCAUGACUAUUGUCUAUUAUAUUACAUCUGGACCAACAUGCGUCACAACAUUGUGGUUCACAAAAGAAGCGUUUACAUUUGUCCCACAUACAACUUAUCAUAAUCUUAAACUUAAAUAAUCGAGAAAAGACUAGAUCAAUCAUGGUUGCUGAGCUGAAUUUAAUUGAUUAUAAUCAAUAAUUAAUUACAUUUUACACAUUAAGUAAGAAUUGUAUUUUCUUAAAAUGCAUGAUCAUGGAUAUCAUUGAAAUAAUCAAAUAGAAACUAUAAAAGAUAUAAAACUAUUUACAUUCUGUGUUCUGAU